UGGAGAUGAUGAGGCAACCCCAGAGUCAGUGAGUGUGCGAUUGUUUUAAUAUGGCGAGGAGUUUGUUAUUGACGUGAGAAUUUCCCAGUGGUUUUUCUCGAGUGCAGUUGAGGAAAAAAAGUACGAAUUUGCAGGUGGAAGUGCAUGUGGAGACUGUGGACACACAGUCCAAGUGGAUAGUGAGUGGUGUGCACGUGACACGGGGCAGUGCAUGAGGGUAGAAGAGUUAAGGUAUUAGAGAGUGAAGUGCAAAAAGUUUAAAGAACUUGCCAUGGAUUCGAUGGCAAAGAAGCCCAAGAGUGCCCCAAAUUUGCCCAAUCAACACCAACCACCGGCACAGAAUCAUUCGGGGCCCCGUGUCGUGACCAUCUACAAAACCGAAACGGGCUUUGGCUUCAAUGUCCGGGGACAGGUGAGCGAAGGGGGCCAAUUGCGCUCAAUCAAUGGGGAAUUGUAUGCGCCCCUACAGCACGUCAGUGCCGUCCUGGACAAUGGAGCCGCCGAGAAGGCAGGCAUCAAGAAAGGCGAUCGAAUUCUCGAAGUGAAUAAUGUGAAUGUUGAGGGAGCAACACAUAAGCAAGUGGUGGAUCUGAUAAAAUCAGGAGGAGACUGUCUCACACUCACGGUGAUUUCGGUGACACAGCAGGAGGCGGAAAGGCUAGAACCGCAGGAAGAUCCGGGUGGAUAUUCCUAUAUUGACUACUCGGAGAAGCGCUCUCUGCCAAUUAGUAUUCCUGACUACAAUGUGGUAACACGCAAUGGUGAACGCUUUGUCGUGUUCAACAUUCACAUGGCCGGAAGGCAACUGUGUUCACGGCGUUACCGGGAAUUUUCGAAUUUGCACACAUCACUCAAGAAGGAAUUCACAGGCUUCAAUUUUCCUAAGUUGCCCAGUAAAUGGCCAUUUCAGCUCAGUGAACAACAAUUGGAUGCCCGAAGACGUGGCCUGGAGCAGUAUCUUGAGAAAGUUUGUGCUGUACGGGUGAUUGCAGAGAGUGAGGCUGUUCAGGAAUUUCUAACGGACAACGAAGAUGAUCUGUCAGCAUCACCAGUCGACAUCAAAGUCAUGCUGCCAGAUCAUGAAGUGGUGACGGUAUCCGUUAGAAAAUCCGCCAAUGCACAGACUGUUUGGGACAUUUUAGUGCAACGAGCUCACUUCACAUCCUACAUUCAGCAGUAUUUCUAUCUCUUCGAAAUUGUCGAGUACAAUUUUGAACGAAAACUGCAGCCACAUGAAAUUCCACAUCAGCUUUAUGUACAAAACUACAGCACAGCCUCCAGCACGUGUCUGUGCGUCCGGAGAUGGCUGUUCUCUAUUAAUCGCGAGCUCACCCUUCCCGCUGGGGAGCUAGCCACCAAGUUUAUCUUCUAUCAGGCCGUGGACGAGGUUAAUCGUGGCAAUAUUCGCGCCGAUGGGCGUCUGUAUGAGCUGAAAGCCCUACAGGAUUCCAAGAGAGCGCCCGAGUAUCUAGCUCUGGCGAGAACUCUUCCCGGAUACGGAGACGUUGUCUUUCCCCAUUGCGCCUGUGACAGUCGCAAAGAUGGGCAUGUUGUGCCAUCCGUUGGAAUGAAGAGCUUCCGACUGCAUGCAUGUCGGGAAGAUGGUUCUCUUGAGACUCAGACAGUAGAACUCACAUGGGACACAAUCACUCGCUGGGAGAGUGAUGAGGAAUCAAUGGCAUUUUGCUUUCAGUACAGUCGCAAUGAUAAACCAUUGCGGUGGGUCAAAGUAUUCACGCCAUAUCAUGCCUUCUUGGCGGACUGUUUCGAUCGAAUAAUGGAGGAAAGAAAGUGGGAUGACACGGGUGAUUAGCAAUAAUGACAAAAAUAGAGAAUUUUGAGACUUUUUGCCUACAACAAAAGCUCACAAAAAAAAGCAACAUUACGCAGUUUCAACAAUGGAUGAUGAAAAUUUCCCUAAACACCUAUCUAUAGAGAAAUUGUACAUGUAGCAAUUAAAUGAUUAAAACAAAAAAAAACAAAUUUACCUGCAAUUUAGUGUGAAAAUUUCUAUCUAAAUUCUUCUUAUCACAGAUUAACAAAUAAUUGCAGACACGAAAAUAAAAAGAAAAUUUAAAAAAAAAAAUGAAAAACUGUCCAAGAAAAUUAUCAGAAAAUGAUAAUCUAAUUUGAGAGAGACAACAAAACAAAAAGCAAAGCGAUAGAACACAUAUUAAAACAUUCUAAAACUAUUUAUAAAAAUUGAUAAAGACUUUUUCUUUGGAAUUUUUUGUCACAAAAGUAACAACUUAGAGGCAAUAACAAAAAAAAAUCACUGAAGAUUGUACAUUUCUCGAUAAGUACACCCCGAAAACACGUCAAGUAAAAAAAAAAUGGAAGUAAAAUCUAAUAGUAAUUCUUAUUCAUACUUAUAAUAUAUUUUUUUAUUAUUGUAUAUGAAAUGAGAAAAAAAAUGAAAACACUUUGUACACACUCUUUAACUUGUUUGUUAAAUGAAUUACAAAGAACAUUUAAAAGAAAAAAGAAAAAAAAGUUCUAAGUAUCUGCGUUAAAGAGUCAUGAAAAUUGUUGCAUCUGACAUUCUAUCGAGUAUAUUAAAGAAAAAAAAACUAUUAUUGAAUUUGUGAUUUAUAUAUAUUUAAAAAAAGAGAAGAUUAAACAAAAAACUAUGUGGAGAUAGAGAAAAGAAGUAAAAGUGUUAAAUAAAAUGAAAACAAUUUACCUUGUUAGGGUAUUAAAAAAGUGUCUGUUUGUGUCCAUAAUAUAAUUCUCAAUAUAAGAUCUUAUUUUCUAAAAAAAAAACAAAUAUAAAUAAAUGAAAAAUACUUGCUAUUGAAUCACAAUUUUCCCUGCCCUUCCUCUCUCUCUAGCUCUUAUAAAAAAAAUAUUUUAAUAAAAUAUCCUCCCUUUUUUUAAUAAAUGCAUUCCAAAUCGUCCCUGAGAAUAAUUAUUCCAUCUUUUAGAUGUGUGUUAUAUUCUAAUUAUUUCAUAAUAAAUCAUAAGACUAUGAUAAAAUCAUAUAAAUAUUUCAUUUAUGAUAAUAAACAAAAAUGAAAAUUUUGAAAAUGAGAAUCAUUCAUAAAGAAAAUGCACAUUGUAGCGAAAAAAAAGAAAAACAACCGUAGGAAAAGUAGAUAAAAAAGCACCAAUUUCAGAGAAAAAAAAUCGUAGUGAUUUAAUAGUUAAGAACUACAAAAAAUAUUCUCUUAAAAAAAUACUCUUACACCAUGAAAUGAAUAUUUUUGAUGGAAGUUGGAAAUGAAUUUUACAUUCCGCCGUGAUAUAGAGUGAAUAAAAAAAACUGAAGUUAUUUAACGUUCAAAGGAAAAUUCUUUGCUUUCCUCUAUAAUUUUUAAUAAAUAAAAUCACAGGAAAAAAACUCUUUUAGGUAAAUUUGAAUAUAUUUUCUCAUUCAGUGAUGUAAUUUAUUGUGAAAAAAAAAUAAUAACUUAGAUGUGAAGUAAAACUCUUUUAGUUAAACUAUUUUAUUUUAUUUUUGUGUAAAGUUAGCAAAAAGAGAGAGAAUUUAAACUUAUCUUGUAGUGAAAUAACAUUAGGAUUAAAAUAUUAUUAAUGUAUUCAUGAUAUAUACAUAAAAAUAAAACAAUAGCAUUGCA